CCCCCGUGCAGCUGAGCAUGCAGUCUCCCAUGGAGAACCUCUGGGACAGGAUGCAUCACUCUCCAUCUACUGCAGUUGCUACAGAUUCGUACCUCACAAGUGUAAUGUCACUUGCUGGAAUGUUAGAACAAUACACUACAAGCUCCAGUUUUAUGGAUUUAACACAAAAUAUCAGUGUUCUAGCUAAUAACAGUGUCAGCACAGAUCAGUCACUAAAUAUCACCAUAGUAAAAAGUGCUACAACACAGCUGCUGCUCUAUGAUUACCUCAUCCCUGCAAUUGGAGCACUCAUCAUCAUACUGAAUUUGGCUGUCGUGGUAUCAUCUGGGUUAAUAAUACGAAGUGGUGUGCAGCCAAAAACAACAUACUUGUUUUUGGGGAACAUUGCAAUGGCAGAUCUGAUCACAGGAAUUGCAGUCGUCUUUGGACAAGCAUUCCCAAAAAAUCUGAGAGAUGAGACGACUUGUUUCUUCCAGUUGGGUAUGAUUCUAUCGAGUACCCUCUCAUCUGUAUGGAGUGUGGGUCUGAUUGCUGUGGACCGCUUCCUUUACAUCGGUUACGGCCUGCAGUACCAGCGUUGGCUGUAUCCGAGAAGAGCUCGACUACUGAUCGCGAGCACCUGGGUUCUUGGAAUAGUUGUCGGAUUCCUUCCUGCUUUUGGGUGGUCUGGUAAUACUAACAACGGAAGAGUCUGUUGGUUCAUUCGAAUGCCAGCCGGACUCGUCUUACUGGUAACAUACCUCGGCAUAAUUCCUGUGAUCACUGUAAUUAUACUUUAUUCUAUCAUUUUGUACCGUGCCUUAAAAAAAGUUCGUCAGCUGCAAAGAGCUGAUGAAGAAGCUAAUACAAAUGGUUCAACUCAGAAUCAGAGAUCACCCAAAAACAAUGCAAAAAAUAUGCGCAUCUUUCGAGGAGGAAUGAGUACACAAAUGGAACCAAAGUCAAAACCUAAAAAGGCAAAAGCUGUUAAAGUUGUCCUCUUUACCACAGGUUCUUUUGUCAUAACAUGGGUGCCAUAUUUUGUUGCCUGUGUCAUGUAUCUUUUGUGUAAAGAUGAGAAAACGUGCAAAACUCUAAGCGUUGUCAUUGCAGCCCCGCUGGCGAUACUAGGGUUUUUAAACUCGCUAAUCAAUCCUGUAAUCUACGCAUGGUGGCACAAUGGUUUUAGGACUUUCUUAAGAAAGAAGGUCAAUCAGCUACAAAAGUACAGAAGCGAUCGAAGCAAUAAGAGCUCGACAACAGGGAGUCGCAGCACGCGAACGACGUCGGGCAGGAGCAGUAGCAAGUCCAGUGCACGCAGAAACUCUGGCAGCAGGGAAACAGGUGCACUUGCGCCAAUGGAAGCAAGCAAAGAUGAAACACACUUAUAGAAACUGCACAGUUCUUACAUCUAAGACAAGAUCUGCAUAUACUAUGUUUGGUGCUCUGGACAGGAAUGCUUACUUAGUAGUGUUUAUAGCACUCAGCCAGUGAAAACCCUAAGUUCAAUUUCAGUGUUGUGCUGCUCUACAAGUAUAGUUCCUUCUUUUAACAUCGCUAUGUUCUGUUCACAAGGGCAGAGAUGUAUUGUAAAGGUAUGAGAAUAACUUUUAGCUGACCUACUUCUAUUUUUUGAUUACUACAUCAUAGACUCCUAAAAUUAUCUGUGUAUAUAUAUAUUUUUUAAAUUUUGCACUUCAAAACCCAAGAAUUGGGAAGAUGGAGAAUAUUUUGUUUGGCCAAUCAAGAACAAAAAUCUUGUGACUUCAUUUGCCUCAUCCUUCAACAGGUUUGCAAUUUUCAUGUGUGAAAUGUGUUAUUACAGUGAAAGCAGGAAUUUAUUGAAACUGAAGGCAAACUGGUAAACAAUAGCACUUUUUUACAUAAAAAAGAUAAUUAGCUGUUCAGGGAGUGACAGAAACAGUGUAUAUAGGAGAGGGGGAGGAGAAGGAAGGUAUCCGCCACAUAAGAGAUUGUAGGGAUGAGCGUUACAUACUAAGUGCAGAAAUACAACAAGUAAAUGAUAAAAGUUAAAUUCAAAGACCCAAAACCAGUAAGCCAGCAAUUUUGGUACAAGCAACUUUCACUGCUGGUCUUUAAGGGUGACUGCAAAAUAUUUUUAAACAAAAGAAGAUAAAUGAAAAAAGGAAGGAAAAAGAACAGAAAUACAACUGGCAGUCACAUCAAAACAGUAAGAAAUUUAAUUCCUUGUCAAGACAAAAUGAACGUACUAGGUAAAUAAAGAAUGCAGAGCUGAUACAUGCACCUUCAUUCAAUCAAUCUUGUGAUGUAGUAUUUUCAAGAUGGUCUACUGGAUACUGCUAAGUACAUCGAUAUGUGAUGUUGACGUGCAAGUUGUUUGGUUUGUGUCAGUCUGAGAGUUGUCUUGGGCUACACACAGAUGCUUUGAUUUGGCUGUUAGGUCAUUGUCCAAAGGUUUCCUCUGAAUGUGAAUUAAUAUUGCCAACAAUGCGUCACAGCAUAAAGGAAAUGUAUGCGAGAGCUAAUUACACCCACUGCUAAUCAACUAACAGCAAACACCAAGAGUAACAUACAGUAGCCUAUGGAAUGUGCACUGCUUUCAAAAAAUGCAUACAUUCCCUCAAAAGUUCUGUUAUACUUGGAAUUAUAUGUCUGUAUUUACACAGGAUUAACCGACUUUAUUAUUUAUCACCUAUCAGAAACUAAGUAUUGUUCUAACUUCAUAUAUUUCAUGUCAGUGAGCAUGUUAAAUGAUCUCUGUUUUUGGUAGACAUUUUUAUUUGUGAAUCUCUUGUCCU